AAUUGCUAUUGCCAAGUCAGUCAAAGGUUAGUCCCCUUUCUUCCCCCUCACGCCCACUCAACUCCGUCUUCUCAAAGUCCCUUUGCAAACUUGAAGUUCCCUUUACCUUCGUAAACCCUCCUUGGAACCUUCAAAAUCUUCCACUUUCAUAUUUCCCUGAACGUAUAAAUACCCAAAGAAAUUUUUUUUUUCCCAGUAACCGAACACGUCCUCCACGUAGUGCUACCAAAAGGUUUCAUCUGAUCACCAAAGCCGCUUCGCAGCAUAUUAAACCCCAGAAGCACACUGAAACGACACCUGCGGAGUAAAGGAGUAGGACAUGGAGAGCAGCAACAGCGAUAGUAGCAGUAAUAGGGUGCCGCUGUCGGAGGUGGUGUCGGAGUGCGUGAAGCGGUGGUUCAAGGACACGCUCAAGGAAGCCAAGGCUGGUGAUAUCAACAUGCAGAUCUUAGUGGGUCAGAUGUAUUACAGCGGUUAUGGCGUUCCCAGAGAUGCCCAGAAGGGACGAGUUUGGAUGACAAGGGCGUCCAGAAAUCGGUCUUCGGUUUGGAAAGUUAGUGAUAAGCAUCCAGGUUAUAAUGCGAGCGAUUCAGAUUCAGAUGAAUUGAAGGGUGAUUCUUAAGUAAGCCCUAUCAGCCUCCAUGUCCAAAACAAUUAAAUGACCUGCUCGUAGUUGUGCUAUUCUUCGCACAUCUUGAAUGUGCCUGUCCAGAUUUUGUACUUUUUUUCCAGUUUAGUUGUUUCUUUGUUUCGAAUCUUUUCUACUAUCGUUACUUAUUAAAAAAAAAAAAAAAAAAUCUCUCCUACUAUCGUACUGCACAAUUGUUUAUGAUCAUCAAAAGGAAUAAUUUGUUCAUUGUGCAUUCAUGGGCAAGAAUACUUUUGAGGUUUUAAGUUGGAAUUAGGAAAUGAAUGUUGGAAUUGGUUAAUUUUUCUGUCUUUAUUUUUAAUUAGCAAAUGAUCAAAAUUGCGUGGUUUGCAUAA